GUAUUUAUUUAUAUAUUACUUAUUAAUAUGAAAGUUUGGAUCUACAUUGUUGACCCGAUGAAACGGAGCGUCCUGUCCUGCAUGCUGUGGAACCGAAAACAGAUCCCAGAACCGGCUGGAACAGACGUUAUGGAAAAACAUCAUGUUGACAUUUGUUUGUUUAUCCGUGCGCCGGUGUUCCUCCGAGCCGGUCACAUGGACCUUGUUUGUCUCGGUCCAGCCCAGCGGCUCCGUUCAAGGAGACGCCGAGCCCACUGGGACAUGAGACACAUGCAGCUCCAGGUGGGGGGGGGGUUUCUGUGAAAAGAUCCCAGGCCGGCCAGCGGGCAGGAAUGUUUGCUCCCGUUGGUGGAGAGGGAUCAGGUGUCACCAGCUGUAGGGGCUCAUAUAAAGGACAGAGCUGCGAGCAUGGACCAGAAUAGAAACCAACACUUCCAGAGAACUGCUCGCACAAGAAGAAAAGUCUUCCAGUCCACUCUCUGUUUUCAGAAAGAUCUUUAAGCUUUCUGUUUGAGCAACACCUUUCCACCAUGGACCUCCAGAGAACAGGAUCGAUGGUCCGGCCACCCAGCCCCAUGGACAGCCUAGAGAAGCAACUGAGCUGUCCCAUCUGCCUGGACAUGUUCACCAAGCCCGUGGUGAUCCUGCCCUGCCAGCACAACUUGUGCCGCAGCUGUGCCAGCGACCUCUACGACUCCCGCAACCCAUACCGCUUCUCCGGAGGCGUCUUUCGCUGCCCCACCUGCCGCUUUGAGGUCGUCCUUGACCGACACGGUGUUCACGGCCUCCAGCGCAACCUGCUGGUGGAAAACAUCAUCGACAUCUACAAACAGCAACAGGAAGGGAAGAGCGACAACACAGAGACCCUGAAGUCCAAGGAAUCCAAAGAGCCGAUGUGUCAGGAGCACGAAGACGAGAGGAUCAACAUCUACUGCGUGAGCUGCCAGGUCCCCACCUGCUCCAUGUGCAAAGUAUUUGGCCAGCACAAAGACUGCGAGGUGGCACCUUUAGCAUCCAUCUACCAGACCCAGAAAGGAGAACUGAGCAAUGCCAUCGACACGCUGGUGGCCAGUAACAGCCGUCUGCAGGUUCUGCUGAACCAGAUGGAGGACGCCUGCCGUGCCGUGCAGGAAAACUCUCAGCGGGCCAAACAAGGCCUGGCUGAGCGAUUUGAUCUCCUGUACGCUGUCCUAGAAGAACGAAAGGCCAUUCUGCUGGAUCAGAUCGGGAAGGAGCAGGACGAGAAGGUCGCGGCUCUGCGGGCCCUCGCUCAGAGGUACGGGGAGCGCCUGCAGGCCACCUCCGAGCUGACGGAUACGGCCGUGAGGGCCCUGGAGCAGAGCGGAGCCGCCGAGUUUCUUCUGGCCUCCAAGGGCCUCAUCACAAAGACUAAAGACGCUGCCAAGGCCUCGCUGGGCGAAGAGCGGCCAGAGCCGGGCUUCGAGAAGAUGGACCACUUCACUCUGUCCACAGAACACGUGGAGGCUGUUCUCUCUAAAAUGGACUUUGGAGCUGCAGAUGAUGAAGACUUUGCAGAUGCUGAGGAGGAAGAGGAGGAAGAAUAAGUUAGAUAUGUGCAUUAGAAGGACUGAAACAGGAAUGUUGACCACAAAGAUGAAGGUCAGGGAGGGCUCCUCUCAGUGCAAUAUUUAACUCUAACGUCAUUCAUUGUUUUCUUAACUUCUUUUUAUACUUUUCUAUUUUACAUCCAGUUCAGUGAAAAAGUUUAGAGUUGAAAUGUUUGAAGUUGUAGCUUCUGGAAAGAUUUUCUCAUGAUUUGUUCGUUUGAUGAUUAGCUGAUUGUCACCAAGUCUGUCUUUACUGAUACUUGAAAUAAAGUUCCAGUUUGUC